GGCUCCGCUCGGUGUUUCCCUUCCGCUGUUAAAGGAGACGCGUCGCGGGGGCUGGGGAGCGGGCGGCCCCUUUAAACUAUGCGCGCGGCGCGCGGGCCACCAUGCAAUGGCGGUCGCUGGUGCUGGGGCUGCUGCUGCUGAGGCUGGGGCUGCAGGCGCUGCUGGCGCUGCUGCCCGCGCUGGCCCCCGGCCUCUGCCUGCGCCGCCGCUUCCCCUUCCCCUUCCCGCCGCCCGCCGCCCUCGGCCCGCCCGCCGCCCCCGCCGGCUCCUCGCACUGGGGCUCGUUGCUGCGGCGGGGCGGCGGCGACGGCGGGACGACGGGGGGGGACGAGUACGAGCGGCGGUACAGCGGCGCCUUCCCGCCGCAGCUGCGGGCCCGGCUGCGGGACGCCGCCCGCGGCAUGUUCGUCUUCGGCUACGACAGCUACAUGCAGCACGCCUUCCCGCAGGACGAGCUCGACCCCCUCCACUGUCGCGGCCGCGGCCCCGACCACGACCCGUCAGUCGCGGGGCCGAGGGGAAUGGGUUGGGGGGGAGGCCGCGCCCUGUGGCGGCGGGGCCUGACGCUCGGCCCUUCUCUUCCAGCUCCAACCUCAACAUCAACGACGUCCUGGGAAACUACUCGCUGACGCUGAUCGAUGCGCUGGACACGCUGGCGGUAAUGGGAAACUCCUCAGAAUUCCAGAAAGCAGUGAAGUUGGUGAUUGACACGGUUUCAUUUGAUAAAGACUCAACGGUCCAAGUUUUUGAGGCAACAAUCAGGGUUUUGGGAAGCCUGCUUUCUGCCCACAUAAUAAUUACAGAUACCAAACAGCCUUUUGGUGAUAUGACCAUUAAGGAUUAUGACAAUGAGCUGUUGCACAUGGCUCAUGACCUAGCAGUGAGACUACUUCCAGCCUUUGAGAACACCAAAACCGGAAUUCCAUAUCCUCGGGUCAAUCUGAAGAAGGGGGUACCUCCAGACAGCAAUAAUGAAACUUGUACUGCAGGAGCUGGUUCCUUGCUGGUGGAGUUUGGUAUCCUUAGCAGGCUGCUUGGUGAUUCCACAUUUGAGUGGGUGGCCAGGAGAGCUGUCAAAGCGCUCUGGAAUCUCAGGAGCAAUAACACUGGACUGCUAGGAAAUGUUGUGAAUAUUCAAACUGGCCAUUGGGUUGGAAAGCAAAGUGGCUUGGGAGCAGGGUCGGAUUCGUUCUAUGAAUACCUUCUGAAGUCUUACAUCCUCUUUGGAGAAAAGGAAGACUUGGACAUGUUCAAUGAUGCUUAUCGGAACAUUCAGAACCACUUAAGAAGAGGUCGAGAAGCUUGCAAUGAAGGUGAAGGUGACCCUCCUUUGUACGUUAAUGUGAACAUGUUCACAGGACAGCUGAUGAACACGUGGAUUGACUCUUUGCAAGCUUUUUUUCCUGGACUACAGGUAUUGAUAGGGGAUGUGGAAGAUGCUAUUUGUCUCCAUGCUUUUUAUUAUGCCAUAUGGAAGCGAUACGGAGCUCUCCCAGAAAGAUACAACUGGCAGUUGCAAGCACCGGAUGUUCCCUUUUAUCCACUGAGGCCAGAGUUAGUGGAAUCCACAUAUCUCCUUUAUCAGGCCACAAAGAACCCAUUUUACCUUCAUGUGGGAAUGGAUAUUCUGCAGAGUUUGGAAAAAUAUACAAAAGCAAAGUGUGGCUAUGCCACUUUACACCACGUUGUAGAGAAGACGAAGGAAGAUCGAAUGGAGAGCUUUUUUCUCAGUGAAACAUGUAAAUAUUUGUACCUGUUGUUUGAUGAAGAGAAUCCACUGCAUAAAUCUGGAAAUAAGUAUAUGUUUACAACUGAGGGACAUAUUGUGUCUGUUGAUGAACGUUUUCGUAACUCGCUGUGGAAAGACAUCCUCCCUGGAGAAGAGGACAGCGCAGAAAAAAUUAAACCUAAUGAAUUAAAGGCAGUCAACUUCAGUUCUAAUUGUAACAGGGUUCCUGAUGAGAGGAGAUACUUACUGCCAUUGAAGAGUAACUACAUGAGACAGAUUGAUCGGAUGGUGGGUUUGAUCUGAAUGGAUCUUCGGAGUAACUUUUAUGAUAUGUCAGGAGGAGCAUGGGAUUUGGCUGCAGACAUUCCUUUCCUCUUCAGCUACACACCUGCAUCUGCUGAGUCACUUGGGUAUCCCCCAUGCUUGUUAGUUUUCAAUUCUGGAUGUGAAGGGAGAUCAAGUUCUCCCACGAGUUCUGUCUUCUGAGCUGUGGUAACUCCAUGUGCCAGCUGAAUAGAGAUUUCUUGUUUUAAGACUUCCUAUGAAAAUCGUUGUUGCAAAUGAAGGCUGAAUAUACUUCAAAAGAAAAAAGAAAAGAAAAUUGGCACAUGCCACUUAGCUACCUCUUCGUAGCUGUAUUACAAAUGUCCCUUUAGAAAAGGGUCUAGUAUUUAAUUUGAAAUGAUCUUGGGAUUGGGGAAGGAAUGGGAAAGUGCAAUUUCUUACACCAAGUUUAAUCAUAGAAUUAUUCUGACUAGCAAUACAGAACCUUAAGUACUACUCAGGUAGGAACCCACUGGUAAUGGGUUUUGCUGAAACAAAAACGCUGUAUUUAGAAUAGGACCUUGGAAAGAUAACUCCUGAUCGUGUAAGAAGCUAUCAGUAUAAUAAUAAUGAUAUCCCUCAUAUCCACAGUUGUAUAGAACUGCACGGUUGCAAGAGCCUGUGGCUACAGAAACAGUAAUAAAACAAAUUAGGUGCCUUUUUUGGUAAAGGAGUAGGGGGGGAGGGAAGGGGAAAUGGCAAAGCCACUCAGCUGUCCAAGCAGCUAACUUUAUGUAGCUUAGCUGAGCAGAAGUUCCAAAAGUUUAAUUGCCACAUAUCUAGUGCCUUUUCAGGAGAGAUGCUGCUAAGAACUGGUAUAACAGUACAUGAAGAACAAACUAUUUCACAUUCCUGACAGCAUUAAUAUGUUAGUGCCUUAAGUCUUCUUCGCUAGCAGGAAAACCUGAGCUUGCUUGGGAAGGUGGAUAAAGUAUUUCUGAUUAGCUGGUUACAAAAUACAGUGGAUCCUAAAGUAACUUAAAAAGUAAUUUACAUAUGAGAUGACUUUUCCUUUUCUUUUUUUUUUUAAAAAAAAAAAGGAUACUGGAAAACUAUCAACUGCUGUGCCCAUCCCAAAGAAUACUUGCGGGCUGGGUUUGUGGAGUGGAGUUAGUAGGAGGUCUGAGCCUGCAGUAUUCUAACUUCUCUCUGUCACAGGUUGGGUAUGUGCCAUCACGACAGGGUGACGGCUGCAGCAGCUCUCGAUGCUGACUGUGGGGCUGUGCCAUCGUGACAGGGUGACGGCUGCAGCAGCUCUCGAUGCUGACUGUGGUGCUGUACUGUACCUGUGUACUGUGCCUUUUCGUUCUAGUGAGGAAUAAUGAAACAAUGCAGUUGCUUCAUCCCACCAUCUUGAAACACAGUUCAGAUAUGUCUGAGAAAUUAACUGUCUGUGAAUGUUCAGGAAGAAAGCAGUUAAAUUCAGGCAGGGCUGUUGAGGGAUGAAAACAAACUGAUGCCAAACCAACUUAUUCUAAAUAUAACAUAUUUUUUUUUCAGUGACUCCCCAUUGCUUACAUACUUUUUACUUUUGACUACAGUUGAAGUAGUUGAAUGUUACUGUUGGGUUAAUUUUUUUUUAAUUAAGGCUUAAAUAUAAGGGCAAACAUGAUCUGCUGUAUUUUCACCUUCUUACGAUAACACCGGUUUAUCUUAAACCAUAUGUUGCAACUCAAAACAUUUCUAAUAAAUAUGAAGUUAGUGCUGAAGAGGUUGUUUUAAUCUUUUAGUGUACAGUUGCAUCUCAGGGACUUCAUUGUAGAAUCUUCUAUUCCAUGAUAGCUGUAUCAUGUAUUCAGGCAAAAAGUAAUAAUAAUCCUGUCUUCUUAGUCUUAUUAUGUGUAUUUUAAAGGGGGGAGGAUUGGAUGGGGGGAGAGGGAAAUACAUUGAGAUUUCCCAAAAUGUUGCAAUAGAAUCAGUUACCUUGAUAUUUGAGGCAGCUGGCAAUUGCAAUCCCUGUAGAUUAGGCUUUGCAAACCUAUUGCUGGAAAGUUUUAGUUGUCUAUUUCAAAGCAACACAUAAAUUCAAGAUGUUGCUAUCCAAAGAGGUAUUGGGAGAGGUUCAAGGUAUAGCUUCUUAACCAGUAAACGUUGCCUGGGUGUGCAGGUGUGCUUCAGUUUGUAAACAUGUAAAGAAGCACAGGAGGAUGUGUAAAUGGAGUGGUUUCUGCCAACCGAGGGAGGCAGGAAGCAAAAAAUGGCUGGGCUUUCUGAAAUGCUGCUGCUGGGCCAGAUCUUCUCGUAGCCCUGCAAUGAGAAGAGCUUGGCUGCGCAGAAGCCAAAUGCAGUGUUCCACAACUGGCCGUUUAAAACCCUGGUGUAGCAGAUGCCAGGACGGACACUGCCCGAAGUGUGUUGGUGGCUACUUCUGGGUAAUGAUCUUUCCCUGACUCUCAGUGUAGCUCUGUGAAUGUGCGUUAUAUACCUUGGAAUUGCCUCUCAGCGUUUUGUGCCUUCUGAAGCACCUGAACCCUGGUCAGGGCUCCAGCCGAGUGUUAUGCACAGAAAUCUGUUUCAGAGUUUUCCUCAGAGAAUUACACGAUUAUAAUGAAGUUGCACAACUGUUCUGCCAGCGUGCUUUUCCCGCUCUUAUAUUGCCAGAAGUUGUGGGAGGUGGCUGUAGGGUGGGAACAGCAUGGGCAAGUAUCGCAGCCUUUCAGCCCUUAGCGACUUGGGCCAUUAAUUAAGGUGCCAAAUAGUAUAUGGUCAGCUCCUCGUUAGAAACUGCAUUGAAAUUUGUGUUGCCAAGGUGAUCCGACGGUUGUCUUUCCAUAGGAACGGUUUUUGUCUACAAGGAGACUGGUGCUGACUAUGUGGUAAAAGGGCUUUGUCUUCUUUAAGGAGCCAAUUUUUCUUCUUCUUUGUGUUAAAAAUGCUUUGAUACAUUUUUACUCUGUAAUGACAGGGCACAUGUUAUGCACUAAAAUUAAAACUUUUGUAUAAGUCAAUGAUAUAUCAAAAUGAAAUUGAUAACUGCUGGAAUAACUUGCUGAAACAGACUUUUGUAUUUCUUGGUAUAAUGUGCAAUAUCAAUAUUUCCUAAUUAAAAAUGCAAUGUAUGCUUAAUUGUUGUUUUUCCAUGAAGUAUUUAAUUGGGGAUGGGAAAUUUUAAAAGAGGACCAAAUGCUCUGUCAUGAAAUGUCCUGAAUUCUCAAAACUGAGCUUAAGUUUUACGAAUCUGCAUUAAAAAAUGGUG